AUGACCACUGAGCAACUUGGAUCGCAUGCAAUUGAUGUCCUUCGGUGUCCUAUUGGGAUGCAUCUGAUUGAAAAUCCUAUCACUAAUCAUUGCGGCCACACCUUUUGCAAAUUAUGUUUACUUCGAUAUAAGAUAGCUAAUGACACGUGCUGCAUAUGUCAAAAGCGAUUGCCCAGUUUUCAGUAUCUUCAAAAGCAACCUACGAAUCACAUUUUGAACAAUAUAUUAACUAUAAUCAAUAACGAUACGCGUUACAGCAGUUAUGGACUUGAAAUUGCCAAAACUACUUCUCUCAGUAAGAAUACAACUCAGUUAUUACCAUCGACUGAUCCUUAUUCAAAUUUUGCGAAUAUACCCAUUAAUGUCUUUGAUUUCCCCGUUUUACCAUACCAAAAGCUCAGAAUUCCUAUUUUUACCGAGAAACAAAGAUCUGCUUUCAUCCGGUCCUUACUUGCAUGUCAAAAGUAUCAAUGUUUUUGCCUUGGUAUCAUCAGUAAACAACGGCAGGAUGUUGCCACUUUCGAAGGCCAUAAGGGUACAAUAGUAAAAGUUAAAUCUGUAGAUCAAAGAAGUGACAGUCUUAUCAUCGAUAUUCAAGGCCUUGAUCGUUUUAAAGUUAUCAAUAUCCAUGAGGAAACCGAUGAUCUGAUUUAUGCAGAUAUUGAAUUAAAACUGGAAUCACAAAUUAACUGGACAUCGCCGAUGAUGCACAAUAGCACUCCACCUUCCGCUACAGCCAUCAAAUUAUCAAGCCGUAUUCACAAUUUCAUAAGUGAACUCGCUUACAGUAACCCUACCAACUCCUUUUGUAGUGCUGUGGAUGGCCUGCUAGGCCCCGUUUGGCUAGAUUCCGUUCAGAGUCUUCACGGUGUCUUACCUUCUCCUUUUCAACCUGUGGUCAUAUGUUGGUGGUCAGGUAUUGUCCUUCCUGUGGGUAAUUCUGAACGCUAUAAUUUACUCCAAACAAGUGCCUUAGAAGAUCGCUUGAAAAUCAUUUUAUCAUGGAUUCAGGACUUGGAAUCUCAAUGGGUCACUUGUAAAAGAACAGCUUUGAAUACUGCCGUUAAGGUUAGUCAGCAGCAGUAG